ACACUGCCUGGCAACUGUUUCUAGGCAAAGGGUGGCAGUGAGCCAGCCCUUACCACCUCCCAGGAGCCAUCAGCCUGUUUCGACACACUUGCUAGGGUAUCGAGUUUGGAUUAUUUGGAUUCCAGUUUUAAGAUAAACACUCCACGUGGCUGGUGGCAAGGACGAGGACUGCUGACCGUGGAAGGCCUGGAGAGGGACAACAUCACAGGGACGGAUCCUCCCUUGUCGUUUCCCAAAGAUGCUGUGGAAGUAGUCUUUUUUUCUUGCUUUCUUUCAAACUUCCUCACCUACCAUGGGCUGCAUGAAAUCCAAACAGACUUUCCCAUUUCCUGCCACACUGGAGCUUGAGAAGCAGCAUGAGAGUGAAGAAAACUUUAUGCCAGAAGAGGGAUUACCACCCGGGAUGCCUUCUCCCAUGACAGUCAAAGAGGAAGUGAAGGAACCCCCAGGGACCAACGUUGUGAUCUUGGAAUAUGCACAUCGCCUGUCCCAGGAGAUCUUGCAUGAUGCCUUGCAGCAGUGGGCAAAAAAUAACAUCAAGUACUAUGACAUCCCUUACAUUGAGAGCGAGUGCCCUUGACCCUGUAGGAUGUCGACACUGCUGAGCUGUGGAUGCAGUCGGUGCUAGCUUAAAUACAUGAAACAUAAGUAAAAAAUGGUGUAAGUACAAAUAAUUCCACCUGGAUGCAUAAAUACAUCCAAUACUGUCACCAGUUCAGGAAUUGUUACAUCAAACAUGUUACACAGUUCUGUUAAUAGCAAUGUUCAUCUGCCUGA